GAUUGAAAACGCAAGCAAAAGGUAUCGUAAACCCCCGGGCAAAUUCUCUAUGAUAAUACUCCAUUAGAGGAGAGCUCUAAUUCGAGUUCUAUCGGGAACCCUUUUCGUUUCUAUUAUCGAAGUUUCAUUCUUUUGACACGAAAUUGAAAUUUUCACUUCAUUUUUUUUCUGGCCGAUAACAUGUAUAUGCCCUAGUUUGGUCAUAUUCUAGCUGUAUCAAUGGAGGGCAAUAAUUUAGAUUCUAAGAAUCAGGUUGAGGAUGUAGAAACUUUAUCUAAAAGGGUGUCGGGUUUUUCGGUUAGUGACCAGAUAUCCAAUUCCAAUUCUUUUAAGGAUGAUGAGGUGGAUGGUAACAGGACAAAUCAUGUUAACAAAGAGUAUUACGACUCUUUUUCCCCAUCUGGCAUUGAAGGUGAUAGCAUGAAUUCAUCCAGAUUAUAUCCUGAAUUAUGUGAGAAAACUUUGGAGAAAAGUGAAGACAAAAAUGAACCUUCAUCGGGUAAUUUUCAGAAACGUGGAAAGUUCUUCUAUUAUGACACUCCACUGUGCGAAGAUACUGGUGUUUGGAUCCCGGUUUCCGUUCCUCCUAUGUUGGAAGAUGAGCACAAAGAGUGGGCCAAAGGGUUUCACUCAAAUGGUGGCUACUUUCCUGAUGAUGACAUGGGAUGGAAUCAAUGCCUUGGAGAAGAAAGAGAAUUGACUAUGUGGGAUGUUCUAGCAGAAAUGUUACUUGCGGCUAGGGGAAAAGUGAAUUCUUUAGCAUCAGGAGAUCUUCAGACAUGUAGCUUUUCAUGGAUAUCCAACAAUGUACUUGAACAAUGUUGGAGAGAGAUGGCACAAACUCUUACAGAGGCCAACUUUGGUAACGUGAAGGAAUUACUUGAAGCAGAGCCCCCAAAGUGGUUGGCAGAUAGUGCUGCUGCUUCUUGUAUGUUGUGUGGCGUGAGGUUCCAUCCCAUCAUGUGCACCCGACAUCACUGCCGGUUUUGUGGAGGAAUAUUUUGUGGUGAAUGUUCCAAAGGACGGAGCUUGUUGCCAUCAAAGUUCCGAGUUUCUGACCCCCAAAGAGUCUGUGAUGUUUGCUGUGUUCGACUCGAGUCUGUACAGCCUUAUUUGAUGGAUCAUGUAAGUAAUGCUGCUCAGUUACCAACCCAUGACUUGACAGACCUCAGCACUUUACGAUCAUGGGUUAACUUUCCUUGGGCACGGUCCAUGGAGUAUGAAAUUUACAAAGCAACGAACACUAUCAAAGCUUACAAUCAGAUAGGUUCUUUGAAGCCUGAGAAAUCAAUCCCAGAGUUCAUUCUAAGGCAAGCAAAAGGCCUUGCAAUUAUCACUGUGGUCAAAGUAGGAAUGAUGGUUACAUAUAAUAUUGGAACAGGACUUGUGCUUGCGCUUAGGGAAGAUGGUUCAUGGUCCCCACCAUCUGCUAUUUCCACAUUUGGUGUGGGUUGGGGAGCUCAGGCUGGAGGAGAGUUAACCGACUUCAUUAUUGUUCUGAGAACAACGGAAGCUGUCAAGACAUUUAGUGGUAAUGCGCAUGUUUCUCUUGGAGCUGGUUUGAGUGCUGCAUUUGGCAUUGUUGGAAGGUCAGCUGAAGCUGAUGUUCGCGCUGGUGAUGGUGGCUAUGCGGCUUGUUAUACCUACAGCUGCAGUAAAGGCGCAUUUGUUGGGUGUUCACUUGAAAGCAGUAUUGUGAGUACCCGGGCACAAGAAAAUUCGCGAUUCUAUGGCAGCCAGUCCAUAACUGCAACAGAUAUAUUACUUGGCUCGUUGCCUAGACCACCUGCUGCUGCUAUUCUCUACCGUGCUCUUGCAGAUUUGUAUUCGAAGAUUAAUGGUUAAUCGAAUGUCUCAACAUUGCAUUUCAUAUCUUAAUCUUUUUGGACAGUGUCAUUGAUGAAAGGCUUAUUGGAUUUCCCAUAAUUUGUACAGCUGCAAAAUCAUUCUAGUGUGUAAAGGGUCCUUAUGUCAUUAUUUGUCAUGUAAAUACAUGAAACGUGUAAAUAUUGUGUGGACCUUUGUUGAGGUUAAUUUAUACAGUGGACUAUUGUUCCCUCUC